UGAAAAGCGCCUGCACAUGAUAUAAAACGCUCUUGUUUCUGUCUCUCUGAUUCAUCUGAUAUUUGACAGCGAUCAGCUAUUGUCUUGCGUGGAAACAAAACUAUCAUUUAAACACAUUUUAGAGACCCAAGCCAUUCAAGAGCGAUGCAAGGACCAGAACUGGUCGACUCGAGGAGUCGAUUUCGAUUUAUUGAAGCUUGUGUCGGCUUGAUGGGCUGUUUGUGUAUCAGCUACGCAAUCUGGACACCUCGAUGGCUGGAUGACCGGGGUUUGUGGACCUCAGGGAACGAGACCAGACUGGACGACAGCUGGACCACUGAAGACAUUGCUAAAGCUCUGGAGGCCGAGAGAGUGUUUGCACUGGUGGCUUUCCUGAUGUCUGUGAGCUCUGGACUGCUGUGUCUCAUGUUUGCCCUCUGCUGGACGUCCCAAACGGUGCGUUCCUACUCCAACACUCGCUCGCUGCUGAUGGCAGGCCAGGCUAUCGACCCGACCACCCUGCUGCUGUUCACACUAGUACCCACAGGAUUUUUCUUUUUGCUCAGCUGGGGGCUUUUCACCCAUCAACACAUUGGCGAGAUCAGGGAGGACGUCGGUCGGCUCGGCCCGUCCUAUUGGCUGGGAGCGGUGGGUUGGGCUUCUCUAUUGGCCGUGCUGCCUGUGAUCUUCCUGGCAGAGAAGUUUGUGGUUCCCGACAUUCUGCCGGAGUUAAAAAAGGCUGGAGAAAUGUGGUGGAAGGCCCCGGAGAUCGCGCACGCGCGAUCUUAUAGCGAGGGUUGCCAUCGCUCGCAGCAUAAGUCUCAUCCUGACUUCAGGAGGUACUUGUCAGUGCCUUGAGCGAGAGGAAGGAGGUGGCGUGGAAAUACACAAAAAAGAAUACCCUCUUGGUCUUCUAGCCAAAUGUAUGAGCUGAGCAUAUGCCUCACAACAGGGGUCGAGGACCUGGAUGAGAAAGCUGUAACUGCUCUCUGUGAAGCAGGACACAAGGCUACAGGUCACAUGGUUCGGGGAUGGCUUUGACAGAUAUAUUUGGACGAGGAUGUUCGGAAUAUGUGACUAAUGGACCAUCAGAGUUCACAAGCUAUUUUUCUGUAGCUUUUCACAGUUGACUUUCAGAGGUGUCAACCUACAUGCUUUUUAAAAUGCAUGGUAAAUAUGCUACACGAAGGAACAAGAACAAGAAAGCACUGAAGUAGUUAAUGUCUGAUAAAGCGGCUAACGAUCGCAAUGGGAAGUGCUUAAGCAAUGCUACUGCAAAUGCAAUCAUUAGUGACACAUUUUUAAAAAGUUUUGAACCGCUAAGAUCCACUUUCCUGUAAUGCUCACUGCCAAAAAUGGUGAUCACUUCAUCCCGGAUGGUUCUGCUUCUUCUCAGUUUUGCACACAAUACUGUUUCAAUAUGUCAGAGCACUUUUAUACUGCUAACACUUUAGUGUAAUAGGGACUUCAAGGUGCUAAUGCAAAAUUAAACACUACUAGAUGGUGCUGCA